AUGUCGUCCUUACGUCAUGUCUCGGCCCUGUUUGCGAACGAGAUCCUUGUCACUGCUUCAUCUUCGACGACACAGCGAGGCGCCGUCUAUGUUCUGGACCCCGCUGCGUCCACACAGACGCCCCUCUUGCAUUGGAAAGGCACGUCGCAAGCAGCACCGCAUUGCGUCUCGUGCGUUGCCUCAGCGACGCAUGCCGUUCAUGGCGCAGGCACAAGUGGCCUAGUUGCUGUGAUGGAAUCCGAUAAGGCCGUCCUGCAUCUGUAUAGCUGGCAGCGUGAUCAGGCCCUGGCUCGGCUGGUGCUGCCGCAAAAAAUGAGCUGCUUGGCCCUCUCACCGCAAGCAACAUACCUCGCAGCUGGUGGCCAUGAUGGACGUCUGUAUGUAUGGGAGGUGGCAACAGGUGCUUUGCUGUGCUCUAUGGAAGCCCAUUACCGUGCCAUUUCGGUCCUUCGCUGGACGGAAGAUACAGGAGCGCUGAUCACUGCAAGUCAGGAUGCACGCAUAUGCGUAUGGAGUCUGCCUACAUUGAUGCAGUACACUGACCUAGCUGGUCGCGCGGCUCCUUCGCCUUACGUGACGUUCUCCGAUCACUCCUUGGGCAUUACCGAUAUGCACGUUACCUCCGGCGCCUUCCCCGGCGCCGCUCGGUUAUGGAGUGCAAGCGAUGAUGGCACAGUCAAAUUAUGGGACUUGGCAGCACGGCGUCUAAUGACAACACUACAAUGGGACGAACCGAUUUGGCACCUGGCUGUCGACCCCUUGGAACGUUUCAUUGUCGUGGCGGCCAAGUCGAGUGUCCAGCGUGUGGAUAUGUACGAUACGACGACGGGACAUGCCCUAGGCGGCCGUGGCUCUACGGGUGUGGUAGAGCGGAUGUCGGAUACACAUCGUGUGUCUCUGUCUGAGCCUGUGUCGGCGAUUGCCCUAUCCCACAUGGCUUCCCAUGUCGCGGUUGGCACCGCGCAUGGCGUCGUGCAUAUCAUUGACGUGCUUACAUUGCAAACGGUACGUACGCUGCCAGUCGCUGGCACCACAGCGAGUGCCACGCCGACGACACCUGUCACGUCGAUUUGCUCACUGGUCCGGCCCGUGGACUUGAUGAGCACGCUGACGUUGCGUGGCGCCGCUACAAAACGCACAUCGGCCCGCGGCGAUACAGAGGCGUCGGCCAGUACGUACAUUGAGUCUUUGCCACUGCCGACGAUUGCCCCACAAUUCGCACGCACAGUCGCGCCAGUGAUGGAGACUAUGCAUGUGAUGCUACGUCCUGUCCCUCACGUCGCCACAGCGCAUGAUGCACCGUCGUCCGACGUUCUUUAUGCAUCCCCCCAGAACGAAGGCCCUGCCUUGUCUACAUCAACACCCAGGUCCAUCGAUACGUCUGUCUACGAAGCGGAGAUUCAGGCUUUGCAGGCGCAAGUGCAACGGGCCAAGACCCUCAACGAUCAGCUGUGGCAGCACUUGGUCCAAACACAGGCAGGUGCGUCUGUAUAG